AUGGCGGAAGCUGUUCGUGAUGCAGGUUUUAGCCUCAAGUGCAUCAAGGAUAAAAAGAUCCCCAUCGGCGUCACCGUGGUCGUAGCAGCGUUGCUUCUCACCAUCAUCGCGCUGGCGGCCUCUCCCGUCCUUCCCAGCUGCCUGGAAAACGGGAUCGGGUACGGGGAGAAGUGCUUUUACUUCGUGGAGGACGAAGCGGGCUGGAACAGGAGUCAAAUCUCUUGCCUGUCCCUCGGAGCCCGUUUGGCCACCGUCGACACCCGGGAGGAGCUGCGUUUCCUCGUGCGCUAUGGGAGUUCCUCGCACUACUGGGUCGGUCUCCGAAGGGAAGGCUCUGGACCUUGGAGAUGGUCCAACGGGUCCCUCUUCGACAACCAGUUCGAUGUCCGGGGCGAGGGACAAUGUGCCUAUAUCGCCACUGACGGGAUCCGCAGCGACUGGUGCUCCCGGAGGAAAUCCUCUGUCUGCAGCCACCCGCAAAAGCGCCCAAGCGGCGUCCAGAAAUCCUGA